ACUAACUGUGCUUCAUUUGUCUAUCGAUUUAGGACUCCGAGGGGGGAGAGAUAAUUGGGUCAAAGCCUGAUGCAAACAAAAGCGAGACAGAAAUCGGUUCCUUCAGCAAAGAAAGAUGGUGAGAAUUCACCGCCAUCAAAGCCGGAAGUUCCUCCCGACAACGAAUUUGAGAAACGCAUAAGGCCAGAGGUUAUUCCUGCAAACGAGAUUGGAGUAACAUUUGCAGAUAUCGGUGCCUUGGAUGAGAUUAAAGAAUCACUUCAAGAGCUGGUCAUGCUCCCUCUUCGAAGAGCAGACCUCUUCAAUGGCGGACUUCUUAAGCCUUGUAGGGGUAUAUUGCUUUUUGGACCUCCGGAUACUGGGAAAACAAUGCUGGCAAAGGCCAUUGCCAAUGAGGCCGGAGCAAGCUUCAUCAACGUCUCGAUGUCGACCAUCACUUCAAAAUGGUUUGGAGAAGAUGAAAAGAAUGUCUGAGCUUUGUUCACAAAUUCGUUUACUGAGAUGGAAACACAAAAAACAAAAACAAAAAGAUGGAAACAUAAAUCAAACAUAGAGAUUAAGUUUACUGAGAUUUGUGUUUUCUGGUGAACAGAAUUAUGGUUGGUCUCCCAUCCGUGGAGAGCAGGGAAAUGAUCCUGAGGACGCUUUUGGGAAAGGAAAAAGUAGAAAAUCUAGACUUCAAGGAGCUUGCAGCCAUGACAGAAGGAUAUAGCGGAAGCGAUCUU